CGACACGAGAUCCAAAGCUUCCAUCACCGACCACAGCAAGCACUCGCAGCAGCCAUGUCGGCCAACAUGUUCUCUCGCAGGGCGCUGCAGUUGACGACUCGGCGACUGGCCGCGGCCAACCCCUCCACCUUGAGCACCACUGCUCUGUCCAGAUUAUCCGCUCCGGCAGCCAUAGCGACCUUCCAGAAUGUUCAAUACAGACCAGCUACAACACAAGCAGUCUCCCAAGCCACCGGUCAAGAAAUCCUCGCCAACCAGCGCCUCCACCGCCCUGUCUCUCCGCACCUCGGAAUCUACCGACCCCAGAUAACCUGGUACCUGAGUGCCCUGAACCGUAUCACGGGCGCCUCGCUGUCCGGAGCCAUCUACGUCUUUGGUGCCGCCUAUCUCGUCGCUCCGCUGUUCGGCUGGCAUCUGGAGUCCGCCAGCCUGGCUGCCAGUUUCGCCGCGUUGCCCGUGAUCCUCAAGGUCGGAUUGAAAGCACUGGUAGCGUUCCCCUUCACAUUCCACGGUUUGAAUGGCAUUAGGCAUUUGGUGUGGGACACGGGGGCGGCGUUCACAAACAAGCAGGUCAUAUGGACGGGAUGGACGGUCGUAGGACUGAGCGUCAUAUCUGCAUUGGGAUUGACUUUCCUGUGAGCGCUGGGAGAAAAGCGGAGGGUUGCGGAGCAGAUACAGUAGAAGAAAGGUGUACAUGAACAGCGUAUCAUAUGCCUCAAUGAGACUGAAAAUUAUGUAUCAAGACAAGGCAGCCGUAAGGUCUGCGACAUCGAGAGUCUUCAACGGCGACGCUUUGGUGCAGAAGACCAUCAGACUCAGCGGCUGAACAUAUUCUCCGUGGCUAGUUCAUAUUGCGUUAACGGUGUGGGCGAACUUAUUGUCCUAUUCAUCCACAUAAGACGCCCCGUCCCUCAGUUCGUGUACAACACUGGCACUCCUCCUUCGGUUGUC